GCAGGUGGCUCAAUGUGUAAACUUCUUGGAGAGUUUUAUUUGCCAGGUCUCUAUGAAGAUGGAGACAUUAUUAUUGGAGGAAUUUUUCCCAUCUAUAAUAAAGAAUUGGAAAUAAAUAAUUCUUUUACAACUCAACCACCAUCUUCAGAGUGUGCCAGUUUUGAUCUCAGAGCAUUUCGAUGGACACAGGUCAUGAUCUUCGCAAUAAAUGAGAUUAACCAGGAUUCAAGGAUACUUCCAAAUGUCACACUAGGCUACAGGAUUCAUGAUUCCUGUGCCUCACCAUCUCAGGCUCUCAAAGCAGCCCUGGCAUUAAUAAAUGGACAAGAAAAAAACAUUCCAGAGCUUAAUUGCAAAGAAGGUUCUCCUAUUCCAGCCAUCAUUGGGGAGUCUGGAUCAUCGCAGUCAAUUGCCAUAGCAAGGGCAGUCACAUCAUUUGGUAUUUCGAUGGUCAGCUAUUUCUCUACCUGUGCGUGUCUGAGCAACAAACGAGAAUUUCCUACGUUUUUCAGAACAGUACCGAGCGAUUUGUUUCAGGCCAAAGCUUUAGCUCAGUUUGUGGAACAUUUCGGUUGGACGUGGAUCGGGACCAUUGGAGGCGAUAACGAGUAUGGCCGGUAUGGAAUUCAAGCGUUCAGCGAGCUCGUUCAGCGAUCUGGAAUCUGUAUCGCUUUCUCAGAAACGAUUCUCAGAACAUAUUCUAAAGAAAGAAUACUCAAGAUUGUAGACACCAUAAAAAUGUCGACUGCAAAAGUUAUCUUGGCUUUUGCUUCCGAGGGUGACCUUUACCCGUUGCUGAACGAAGUUGUCCGUCAGAAUAUCACUGGCAUUCAGUGGAUAGCCAGUGAAGCGUGGAUUACUGCGGCAAGACCCUCCACAAGGGACAAUUUCAAGUCUCUCGGUGGAACAAUUGGAUUUGCAAGUCGCAAAAUGGCAAUCCCGAAGUUGAAAAACUUUCUUAUGAGUCUACGCCCUUCAAUUCAUUCCACAUUCGAUUUUGUGAAUGUUUUCUGGGAAACAAUAUUUGGUUGCACGUUUAACAAUGACAGCUCCGUAUUCACCAAGCGAUGCACAGGGCGUGAAAACUUACAAAAGGUGAAUAAUUCAUUCUUUGAUGUAACUCAGUUGAGAGUUUCCUAUAAUGUCUACAAAGCAGUCUACGCCAUAGCUCAUGCACUCCACAGUUUGCUAUUUUGUAGGGAGGGGAUAUGUCAAUUCGGGGAGGAUGGACAGCCACAACGGCUAUUUCAGCAUUUAAAAGAAGUAAGAUUUACCAAUCGCAUUGAUGAGCACAUAUAUUUUGAUUCAAAUGGAGAUCCCACUGCAUCGUAUGAUAUUAUAAACUGGCAGAUGAAACAGAAUGGUUCAGUUGAACAUGUAACAGUUGGUUAUUUCGAUGUAUCUGCCCCAGCUGGGAAAAUGUUUAUGAUAAAAGAAGACAGUAUUAUAUGGCAUGGAAACAAAAGAAAGGUACCACAGUCUGUAUGCAGUGAAAGCUGCCCACCUGGUUCAAGGAAAGCUGUGCAAAAUGGACAACACACUUGCUGCUUUGACUGCUUACCAUGUUCUGAAGGUGAAGUCACCAAUACAACAGAUUCAUUAGAAUGCAUGAAGUGUCCUCUGGAAUACUGGUCAAGUAAGGACAGCCAAAGCUGUAUACUGAAAGAACUUGAGUUUCUCUCCUUCGCAGAUACCAUGGGAAUUAUCCUGAUGACGGUCGCGUUAUUUGGAGCAUGCAUCACUUUGAUUAUUGCUUCUACAUUUUUAUACCAUAAAGAUACCCCCAUAGUCAAAGCAAACAACUCUGAGUUAAGCUUUCUGUUACUAUUUUCAUUGGUACUUUGUUUUUUGUGCUCACUUACAUUUAUUGGCAAGCCUUCGGUCUGGUCAUGUGUACUGCGGCACACGGUGUUUGGUAUUACAUUCGUCCUUUGCAUAUCCUGCAUAUUGGGAAAAACUAUCGUUGUGCUCAUUGCCUUUAAGGCAACUGUUCCCCAAAUGAAUGUGUUGAAAUGGUUUGGGCCUGUGCAACAAAAGGCCAUUGUGUGUGCAUGUACUUUCAUCCAAAUUGUCAUAUGCAUCACCUGGCUUAUUGUAGCUCCCCCUUUCCCAACAAACUAUGCAAAAUACCAUAAUUCAAAGGUUAUCCUGGAAUGUAAUGUUGGGUCUCCAGUAGCCUUCUACUGUGUAUUGGGUUACAUUGGUAUUUUAGCAUGCUUGUGUUUUGUGCUAGCUUUUCUGGCAAGAAAGUUGCCAGGCAACUUUAAUGAAGCAAAGCUAAUAACUUUUAGCAUGCUCAUCUUCUGUGCAGUGUGGUUAACUUUCAUUCCAGCCUAUGUAAGCUCACCUGGCAAAUAUACAGUCGCAGUUGAAAUCUUUGCCAUUUUGUCAUCCAGCUUUGGUUUGCUUUUUUGCAUUUUUGGCCCAAAAUGCUACAUUAUCUUGUUCAAACCAGAGAAAAAUACGAAACGCAAUCUGAUGAGAAAAAUGCCUUCAAAAAAGAUUUAA